CAAAUUACCCUUUCUCCUCCCUCUCUUAUUUAUUCCUCUUUCACUACCAUGAUUUGCUCUUCUCUCUCCACACUAUAGACCCUAGUCAUGUUGGUAGUCCAAAGUCUAAACACACUUCAAUCUUCAUAGAUUUUAGUGAUAGUGUGAUUGGCCAAACAUCACUCACCCACUCUUGUUCUCUCUUCUAAGUUCUAUCUUCCACAGUUUCAAUUCCUCACACAUUCAUGUGCUGUAACUGCACACAACACUUGAACAGUAACCACCACAUUCUCUCUCAUCAUCAUCAUCAUCAUCUCUGAUAACACUUCCUUCAUGGCUGAUGCCACCAAGUACAUUCCCAUCGGCGGCGGCAACGUCGUCACCGACCUCAGAAGCCUCUUCUCAAUCCUCAAACCCAGAAAAACCGUUGCGUUUGCCUAUGUUUUUAUGCUCGUCUUCAUCGCUUUCACUGUUUUCUUAGCUUUUUCCCCUUCUCCUAACGCUUCAUCUCCCUGGUUCACCAACAUCUUCUCCUCCUCCUCCUCCGCCACCACCGCCACCACCACCACCACCGGUUCCUCUAAAUCUCAACUGUCUUCCAUUUUCUCCUACUUUUUCCCUAACUCCCCUUCUUCAUCCCCAAAUCCUUCACCGUCGCAGAGCAACAGUUCUAGAUCUAGCAAUGCUCCUUCUCCAUCUCCUAAUCCCAAAACCAGCACAGAAACAUUGGCAGCAACCGCUUCACAAAACCAAACUCAGAGAUCAGUGAAUUCAACCAGAGAUGCAGUUUCUGCUCCCAGCACGAACCAGACCACGAUCUCCAACUCGAAUUCUCCGGUUGCAAGCUUGCCGGUGAAAAACCAAACCACAAGUGUUGCUGAUGCUGCUGCUCCGGCAUCCAGUGUUCCGGUGGCUUAUCCUCCUCCGUUGAAGCCUCACCAGAAUUUGAGUUCCGAUUCUCCGGGGAAGGGUGUUGCUGUGUCGAAGAAUUAUACGGCUUCUCUGGCGAGGAAAAAGAGCGAUGGGAAUAGGGAGAGGGAGGAGUUGAUGCAGUCUCUGAUGAAGUGUGAUUUCUUUCAUGGAGAGUGGGUUAGGGAUGAAUCUUACCCUCUCUAUGAGCCAGGUUCUUGCUCUAUGAUCAUCGAUGAACAGUUCAACUGUAUUCGAAAUGGAAGGCCUGAUAAGGACUAUCAGAAAUACAAGUGGCAGCCCAAGGAUUGCAAGCUCCCAAGGUUGGAUGGGCAUCGAAUGCUGGAUUUAUUGAGAGGCAAGCGUCUCGUGUUCGUUGGUGAUUCCCUCAAUAGGAACAUGUGGGAGUCUCUGAUUUGCAUACUGAGAAAUGCUGUGAAAGAUAAAAGCAAAGUUUAUGAAGCUAAUGGCAGAGUCCAUUUCAGAGGAGAGGCCUCUUAUUCAUUCAUAUUCAAAGAUUAUAACUUCACCGUGGAGCUUUUUGUAUCCCCGUUCCUGGUUCAAGAGUGGGAAAUGCCUGAUAAGAACGGGACAAAGAAGGAAACGCUUCGUCUCGAUUUAGUUGGUAGAUCAUCAUCUCAAUAUAAAGAUGCAGAUAUUAUUGUCUUCAACACUGGCCACUGGUGGACUCAUGAUAAAACUUCUAAAGGGAAGGACUAUUACCAAGAAGGUAGCCAUGUCUAUGAGGAAUUAAAUGUUCUUGAGGCAUUCCGGAAAGCUAUAACAACUUGGAGCAGGUGGGUUGACGCCAACGUAAAUCCAUCCAAGUCCAUAGUCCUCUUCAGAGGCUAUUCUGCUUCCCAUUUCAGUGGUGGGCAGUGGAAUUCUGGUGGACAAUGUGAUCAUGAAACUGUGCCUAUUGAUAAUGAGAAGUACCUAACAGAGUACCCACCAAAGAUGAGGGUUUUGGAGAAGGUGCUGAAGAAUAUGAAAACCCAUGUGACCUACCUCAAUAUCACUAGAUUGACAGAUUUCAGAAAGGAUGGUCAUCCUUCAAUGUACAGGAAGCUAAACCUAUCACCGGAAGAAAUGAAAUCACCAUUGAUGUUCCAAGACUGCAGUCACUGGUGCCUUCCUGGUGUUCCUGAUGCGUGGAAUGAGAUUCUUUAUGCUGAACUUCUAAUCAGAGAGUAUCAGAAUCAGAAACAGAAUCAGCAGAAAAGACCUUAGGUAAUGAACUACCAAAACUUCUGCCUCACUUAUAUCCAAUGUUCUAAACUGAAACAGAAACAGAUGAAAUAUACCAGUUUUGUCCCAUAUCAGGGAUAGAAGAAGACAGAAACACCAUACAGAAAAUGCAUUUUCUAUUUUUCCCAAAAGAUUAACAAGUUAAGUGAAACUAUAUGUAAUUAAGAGUGUCUCGAAACUCUGCAAUAAACUUGUUCAUAUGAAUAUGAAUCCCACGAGUUGGUGAGGAGGGGAGAGAAUAGAUUGGAUGGUUUAGUUUGUCAUUAGCAAAUGGAAAUCAUCCAUACCCUUGUAUCUUAAUUUUUUUCUAGAUUGAAAAGUUCAAUCCUAUAUGUAAAUCUCUGAUCAAUUAGAUUUUGCUUUAUGUAAUCAUAUUAUUGAGAUAAACUAUUACAGGAUCCAUCUUCAGUUAA